AUGGAUGAAUACAAAUGUACAUGUUGCUUUGAUGACAUAUACAUAAACAGUGAAAAGAAACUGUUCUACAUUGACAUAUGUAAACAUAAGAUAUGUGGAGAAUGCAUAGAAGACCAUUUGAACAAACACAACAAGCAGCAUUGCCCCCGUUGUAAGAUACCCGUGACAAAAAAAAAUGUUGUCUCCUUUGAUAUAGAAGAAAGAAUAUAUUUCAAUCAGAAAAAUAUAAGGUCCAAAUUGACUGAAAUUUUUAAUAAAAAAAGACACAACUUUGAUACUACGCCAUUAUACAAUAGCUACUUGGAGCAAAUUGAAGAUAUUAUUUAUAUGCUAACUAAUGAAUGUGAUGAAAAAAAAAGGAAAAUAAUUGAAGAUUAUAUUAAAAAAUAUGAAAAAGAAAAUCAGAAAUUAAUUGAAGAAAAUAAUGUUCUUAUUUAUGAAAAUGAAAAAAAAAAAAUUCAUGAUAUUGUGAAAAAAGAAGGCAAUUUUUAUGAAAUAACGAAGCAUAGGUCUAUUAUAAACAAAUCCCAUAAUGAAACAUUUGUACAUUCAUUAGUUAAGGAAAACCCAAAAUUAUUUGAUGAAAUAAAAGUAACCAAAAUUACCGAAUCACAGCCACAACCUUUAAAUCCAGCUAUUAAACAGGAUACCGAUAUACCUAGGCGAAGAUUUUCUUCUGAACAAGAUUUAAAAAAAUCGGACUAUGCAGGGGGGUACGAUUCUUCCAUUGUUUUUAAAAGGUGUGACACGGAGUUUAAUUCCACAAUAUACCUUAACAUAUGA